GUGUGUGCAGCACCAGGCUGUCUUGCAGCAUGCUAGAUCCUGAGGGCAGUGUGGAGCACAAGGCUUCCUCCUCCAAAGUUUUUCUCAUCCCUCUAGCCAUGUUCCUUGCCUUAGCAACGCUGCUUUUCUUAGCAUUCGCCACCUCCCAGCAGAAAGAGACUGAUUUUUAUACAUUUAAAGUGGUAAACAUCAGGGGCAAGCUAGUCUCUCUGGAGAAAUACAGAGGCUCGGUGUCUCUGGUUGUCAAUGUUGCAAGUGAGUGCGGAUUUACAGACAGCCACUACAAAGCUCUACAACAGUUACAGAAACACCUUGGCCCACAUCAUUUUAAUGUGCUGGCAUUCCCAUGUAAUCAAUUUGGGCAGCAAGAGCCAGACAGUGACAAAGAAAUUGAGAGUUUUGCCCGAAAGACUUAUGGUGUCUCCUUCCCUAUGUUCAGCAAAACUGCAGUUACAGGUGCUGGUGCUAAUGCUGCCUUCAAAUAUUUAAUUGAAUCCACAGGAGAAGAACCAACCUGGAACUUCUGGAAAUACCUGGUAGCUCCUAAUGGGAAAGCAGUAAAGGCUUGGGACUCUACUGUUACUGUUGAAGAAAUUAAACCUUACAUUACUGAGCUUGUGAGGAAAAUCAUCCUGAAGAAGAAAGAUGAACUGUAAUUUUCAAAAGUCCCAUCAUAUCUAUUAUACCUUGAUUGAUAAUUAGGACUGUAAUUUAACUGUUUGCAUUCCAAAAGAGGAAAGAGAGGGACAGGAAAUCAUAACAACUAAUUGAAGUUUAAACACGGGAAACAAUAACCCAAUGUGGUAAAAGGGGAUUUAACUUAAACUUCUGCUAUCGUUCUAAAGCAGGGGUGGGGAAUAAUUUUUGAAGGGGGGCCACUUCACAAAUUUUGGAAGUAGUUGUGGAUUGCCCCAGAAGGGGUGGGGUCUUGCACUUCAAAGCAAGGUAGGAGAAAAAAGGCCCAGCAACCUGAACCAAGCAAAGCACUGAUUAAAAAGUCUAUUUCAGGGGUUUUCAAACUGGAGGUCGUGACCCCUCAAGGGGUCGCAAGGUUUCUCCAUGACAGGUCAGGAGCUGGCAGCCUCCAUCCCCAAACCCCAGUAAAUAUUUGUUUUAAUUUACAAAGGGGGUCACACACAGAAUUGCUGUGUGAAAGGGGUCACCAAUACAAAAGUUGGAGAUCCAUAGGUCUGUGCCUUCUGAAGCAACGACCAGCAAUAAGUUCUCUGGGGAUUUUGAAGAAAGUGGGGGACAAAUGCUGAGCAUAUGUAUAUGCUUGUUGGUGGGGAAGAUGUCAGGACCAAAUGCAUCUCUGGUACAACUUCAAUAGAGUUUGCGGAGUUACAUUCAGGAUCAAUUAGACCCAAGGUCUACAAGAUACUUGUACAUAUUUUUAUGGCUCAAUAGGGAUAGGACAGGAGGCAAUGCAAGCCUCUGAAAUUUAGAUGAAUUAUAAUCAAAUCUGAAAUAUUGUUUUCCCCACACCCAAAAAAGAGUAUGAAUACUAGUUUCCAUGCAGAGACCUUUUAACUACACACUGGUUUCUACUACCCUCUUCCUGCAGCAGACUGCUCCAAACCAACUUGACAUCAACUUAGUCUUCAUCCAUAAACCUCAUUUCUAUCAGUCAAUGGUCGAGCCAUACAUCUGAGAAUCGGGAGACAAAAACCCCUAGAAUAAAUUUACAUUGAACAACAAGCAAGGCAACAAAUAAAAUCUGUACAAGAAAACCAGCCCAACCCAUUUUGAGCAAUGGCACGUCCUAAACCAAGUGUUUCAGUCUAUAGAAGUUAAAGGUAUAAGAGAGGAAAACACAGAAAGAAAAAUUUGCCCUUUGUAACAACUGCUUCUAUUUAAAUAGCAGUUGAAAGGACUUGCGCCAACCCAGCUCCCAGGCAACGAGCUAGUGGCAGGGCUGAAACUGGGAGCCCUUUCAACUGCUUCUAUUUAAAGGGCUCACGCCUUUCCCACGACUGCUAAUGUAUUGCUUGGCAGCCACGGAGAAGGCACAAACCCUUUAAAUAGAAGUAGUUGAAAGGAUUCGCACUUUCCUGGCUCCCAAGCAGUGUGUUAGAGGGAGGGGCUAGGAGCUGCCACGUGAGCUGGAUGAAAGAGCUAGGUGGGCCAGAUCCAGCCCGCUGAGGGGCUCUUGCGAAGCACUGUUCGAAAGUGACUGAACUGAAUUUGUGACUUGGAAAACAAAUCUGCAGCCAUUUAUUUUACUAUCUCAGGGUAUGUCUACACUACUCUCCUAGUUCGAACUAGGAGGGUAAUGUAGGCAUACCGCACUUGCAAAUGA